CUUUGGAGAUAUAUGCCAAAAUUACGGUUCUGAAUCAAACAGCAUCUACACAUACAAUCUCAUAGGAGAUCCGGACAACAUUGGAAACCAAACAUUAGAGGUAACAAUGAAACCUAGCGGAGAAAAAUGUGAGGAGAAAGUAUUUGGUCAUAAAGAUGAAAAGAAAAUUGACUGUUCUUCCAAAUCUACAGACGAAAUCACAAUCAGAGUGAAAAACAUCACUUCUUCGAGUGCAGUAUUGUCAAUAUGCGACAUUGAGGUGUAUGAGUGUACUGAUGGUCACUAUGGUGCCUCCUGUAUAGAAUGUACCAGGAAAUGCAAAGCUGGUGAUACUUGUGUCAAAUCUGAUGGAUGGUGUCC